CUUUUCAUUGCUUUAUGGGCCGGGUUAAUUCGCAUUCUUCCUAUAUAUACCAGUCCUUAGAAUGGUACGCUUUGCACCAACAAUAAUUAAUAAUGCAGGUUAUACCACUUUGGGGAAAUUUUCUCAGCUCUAUGUUCAACUAUCCCUUGAAAUUCUUCCUCUCCAGUAUCAUGGGAUUUUCUUCUCCGAGUAAACGUUCAAAAUUCGCCUUCCUUCUGAACAAUCUCUCGUUCAAAACAGGUUAUGAUCAAUCCGAAGACGAGGAGGCCGAGUUCGAGUCAGCUCCCCCAUCUCCUUCUUUAGUGCAAGUACCGGUCCAGUACUUCGCGGCUGGAUCGAUCAAGGAGAAAUUGCCGGUUAUGGAAUAUUACCGGUGUGGCAAAGAGGAUGGCGGUGGUGAUUCAACAUGUGCAGUAUGUUUGAAGUGCAUGAGUGAGGGUGAUGAGGUGCGAGAGCUGGGCAAUUGCUGUCAUGUGUUUCAUAAGGAGUGCCUUGAUGGUUGGAUUGAUCAAGGCCAGUUGACCUGCCCUCUGUGCAGGUCUAAGCUAUUGCCCAGAGAUGAUCAGGAUGAGGGAGAGGUACUCAAGUGCGGCGGAGAUCAGUGGAGGAGAGAGAGGAUGAUUUACUUGUUUGGUGAGGAUUUUGUAUUUCAGUAAUAAUAGAUUGGACGACCAUGAUGUAGUAGCUAGAUAACCGUAUCGGACUUUUUACUAUAUAUCGUCUAACUGUUACCGAGGCUUUUGCUUCGCUGUUCAAUAGAUCUCGGAGGUUUAAAAUCUCAAUAAUAUAUAUCAACCGGUAGUUGAACCUUUGAUGCUA